UGCAGCAGUGUCGGGCGUGAGUGGAGCGGAGCGCGAUGCGGGCGCGGCCGGGGUGAUGCCGCCGCGGCCCGCGGCCGGCCGAGCGGCCAUGGCGGCCGACGACGAACACCCGCCGCUGACUCUGGUUACGGCUGUGUACGACUAUGUUGCGCAAGGCGAAGAUGAGCUGUCGCUGCGGCGUGCGGAGAUCAUAGAGGUGCUCUCAAAAGACGCCAACAUCUCCGGCGACGACGGCUGGUGGACAGGCAAGAUCGGGGACCGCGUCGGUAUCUUCCCAUCAGUCUACGUGACUGAGGAGGACCCACUAGCCGUCAAUCCACCGUGGGUGUCCUUCUCCGAGCUCAAACUAGAGGAGGUUAUCGGUGUCGGAGGCUUUGGGAAAGUGUAUCGUGGUUAUUGGAACGAUGAAGUGGUGGCGGUCAAAGCCGCGCGGCAGGACGCGAGUGACGACAUCGAGGUGAUCAAGGAGAGCGUGCUGCAGGAGGCCAAGUUGUUCUGGAUGUUGCAGCACGAGAAUAUAGUAUCUUUGAAGGGCGUAUGUCUCGAGGAGCCGAAUCUCUGUCUAGUGAUGGAGUACGCUCGCGGUGGGCCACUGAACCGUGUACUGUCGGGCCGCAAGAUCCGGCCUGGCAUACUGGUGGACUGGGCGAUCCAGGUCGCGCGCGGCAUGGCGUAUCUCCACGUCGACGCACCUAUAUCUCUUAUACAUCGAGACCUGAAAAGUUCUAAUGUUCUUAUAAACGAGACGAUCCUGCCGGAUGAUACGCUGGAAAACAAGACGCUAAAGAUCACAGACUUCGGCCUCGCUCGCGAAGUCUACAAGACUACAAGGAUGUCAGCCGCGGGCACUUACGCGUGGAUGCCUCCCGAGGUGAUAAAAAACUCAACAUUCUCUCACGCUUCGGACGUGUGGUCCUACGGCGUUCUACUCUGGGAGCUUCUAACCGGUGAGACGCCGUACAAGGGCAUCGACGCGCUGGCGGUGGCUUAUGGGGUCGCCGUUAACAAGCUCACGCUGCCUAUCCCUUCGACGUGUCCAGAGCCUUGGCGUGUGCUUAUGGAGGCGUGCUGGCGUUCAAAUCCUCACGAACGGCCUCUGUUCCCCGAGAUCCUGGAGCAGCUCGAGCGCAUCCGCUUGUCAGAGUUCACUCGCGCGCCGCACGAGUCAUUCCACACUAUGCAGGACGGAUGGCGUUUGGAGAUCGAAGAGGUUCUCAGAGAUCUCAGACGUAAAGAAAAGGAGUGUAAAACUAUGGAAGAGGAGCUACGUUAUCGCGAAGAGGAGCUGACGCGUGCGCAACUUAAACAACAGCGAGACGAGCAGACCCUCAUGCAGAAGGAGCGCGAGCUCGAGAUGAGGGAAAUCGACUUGGCCGCGCGGGAGUUGCACAUACUCAUCGUCGCGUCCAACAUGUCGCACACGCAGCCGCCGCAGCCCAACAAACGAAAGGGCAAAUUCAGCAAAAUCAAGCUCCUAAAAGACGCGAUCUCACCUCCUCUUGACUUUCGACACACUUUGACCGUGAGACCUUCUGAGGACUCGGUCGAGUCAUCGGUAAAACAGCUCGUCGCCGUCGCGAAGGAUACGCCACCUGGAUCGCCCGCCAUCAUGAGGGCUAUUGCUCUGCCGGCGGACGGCGUGAAGGGCAAGACGUGGGGCCCGUCGUCGGUGCACGGGCGCUCGCGCGGGCACCUGCCGCUGCCGCUGCGCGGGCGCGCCGGGCCCGCCGCGCCGCGCCUGGCCAGCUCGAAGCGCAGCGGCAGCCACGACGACCUGCUCGACGAGACCGAGCCGCGCCGCAACCGGUUCCUGCUGUGCCCCUUCGCCUCGACCGACGACCUGCACCACUACGACACGGUCUUCGAUCUGCCCGGCGCGCCCGACAAGGCCAAGCGGAAGGGCAGCCACGAGCUCAAGCGGAACUUCCUCAAGACGCUGCGCUCCAACAGCUUCGGCCUCCUGGCCGUCGCCGGCCAUUUCAGCUCGGAGACCACGGAGUUGCUCGACUUCAGCCCGGAUGACUGGGGGCCCGAGUUCCCGCUCACCAGCGCCAACAGAUACACAAUACCUAUGCCCACACUCUAUAGUGUUGAUGGUUACAAGUAUAAAAAGCCCGGUAUAAUCGAGCUUGUGUUGUACAACAUGGCGGCUUUGCUUGGUGGUGUGGCAGCCGGAUACGACGUACGCGUCUCAAACGUCAGCCCCUUGCAUCCCACACUACAGCCGCAUAGAUCGGAGGUCGAACAGGAGCCCAUGGGCCCUACGCUGUACGAAGGCUACGGCUACGCGCACAACACAUAUCACGGGGCUACGAGGCACCUGCGCGCGCCUCUCAACGCCAUCACUGGAUCACCCAUUUCGAGCCUACAAGCAAUAGAACAAAAGCCAAUCAGAUUCACAGACUCCCCAACUCACUACGCACAUCCCUCGUCGUCUUCAGGGUAUGGUCACUCAGCACAACCUCUGUCCGGGACCUCCGGUUUAGGCACCAACUACACGUCAACACAGCCCCCUACUCCCUCUCCUAGACGUACGUCCUCUUCUACCUCCGAUCACCUCGCAUCUCCUCAACUACAUGACCUAUAUCAUAACUACAGAGAAAACUUCCAACCUUCGCCUUCACAAGAUAGAGAUUAUUACUACCGCACCGAACCUUAUACUUACGACAGAACUGCCGAUUAUGUUGUUAAACAUCCUUACUGUGGAUAUGACGAAUGUUCUUUCGAAUAUCGAGAACCUACGCCAGAUUACAGGCCGACAUUUUUAGCGCACAGAAGAACACCUUCGAAUUCAUCAGCGUCGAAUUCCCACGCGGAAGAAUUCUCUCCUUCAAGACAGUAUCGAUCUGAGAAAUAUAAAGACCGUAGAGAAGAUUAUAGACCAAAAGGAGAGUUCCCUAGGAAAAAUGACUACUCCUUACCUAGAGAUUACUAUAGAGAACCCCAAGAAGUCGAAAGACCAGGGAAUUUAGGCUUGGAACUAGCACCGACCAAACUAAGAUCAAGUCUUAAAAAAUACAAUAAAAAAUCUAGCGCAUCUGGCGGUAGUUCUGGGGGCGGUACUCCGACAAAUCCUACACCUCCAGAUAGUUUAACCAGUGAAACGGACAGUUCGUAUGUUUCGGCCAGAGACGCAUCCAGUGGGUCGCAAUCCAGGGUCCGGUUUAGUCCCGAAACAAUGGAAGGCACGCAAGAAAGGCGACCGUCGCGACACUCGUAGCGAAGGCUAAAGAAGUUCGACGACUACCUCGUGUGACAGUUGCGGCAACUAUAUAAAAUUAUAAUAAGGGCUUAGAGGGUGUCAUUUUAGAGGUACAAGCAUCAAUUAGGAGCAGAACUGAUUAAUCAAUUUUAUGGUAAUCGUAAUGACGAGUUAUUCCAUAGACGAAUUUAUUAGUUAUAAUUCUUUAGAAUAACUUUUAAAACUUAACUAUUGCAGUUAUUAUCAAGUUAAAGAAUAUAAUAUGAGUUAGACAAUAUUCAUUACGUGUUAAUAUCAGUUGUCUUCAAAUUGACGAUUGUUGCCCUUGUCAGUGGACCCACCUCUUAAGACCCUGGAGCCGUAUCUGUUAUCUGCUAGCGCAAUGUAUAUACGCUUGCAAGGUAGGCGUGGAACGCUUUGUUUUACGGUUGCAUCCGACCGCUGAUAUUACGCACCUAGUGUUUCAAUCACGUGUAGACAUUACAAGCUUCACUUAACUGGCUGGUUAUCUAGGACGAACUUGGGUAACGGACCUGAAGUAAUAUCUGAUAUAAUUUUACUUAGUGUUAGCUUGCUCUCAAGGCUCAAUUUACAUUGCGGCGGAACGGAAUGAAAUGGUAGCGUCACUGGAAUGCUCGAGAUUUCCCGCGAAUGCGAUAGUAUUCCAGCGACCGCGUCUUCAGGCGGUAGUAUUUCGUUUUCGUCGACGUUUGACGUCACCUGCGCCUGCCGUCGCACCACUUCCCGCUGCUUCCGGCGCCGCCGAUGACAGCUGCGGAAUUCUUGCGAAUGCGCGAGAAUUCCGCUGAAGUCGCGGAACGUGAUUUUUGGACCGUAUCUAGUUUGCACGUACACACAAUUGACCGUUAAUGUUCAUUAUGCUAUGUACAAUAUCGUUACAAAUAUUCGCUUCCGUGUCGUUCCGCUAAUAUAAAUUGAGUCUAAGAGUGUAUACAACCU